AUGGCACCAUUUUUGCCAGCUGAUGUUUUAUGUCAAAUAUUUCAAAAUUUAACAGAUCAAAAAUCUUUAUAUUCUUGUCUAUUAGUGAAUCGUUUAUGGUGUGCGACUUCGGUAGAAUACCUUUGGUCAAAACCUUUUCGUUUCAUAUACACAUGCAAUUUCAUAUCAUGUAAUUGUCAUAAAGAAUCAAGAAUCACUCGAAGUUCUAAAUUAAUUGAAAUUUAUCUAAGUUGUUUAACUGAAAAAGAAAAGAUAUUUUUAACGGAAAAUGGUAUUAAAUUACCAUUUGAAUCUCCUUUAUUUGAUUACGCGGGUUUCAUUCGUUAUUUGGAUUUGGAUGAAUUUUAUACCGCUAUAAGAGAUUGGAUGGAAUCAAAUAUAAUUUUAAUGGCUGGUCUUAUGGAUUAUGAAUCAAAACAAAUCUUGGAUUUUGGAAAUUCUCAAAAAAAACAAAAAAAAUUCAAAUUUUCAAAAGUUGUUCUUACCGAAGUUUUAUGUCGAUUAUUAAUGAGAAGAAGUUCUACUAUUAAACAAUUAUCUAUCGAUCGAACUUAUUCAACACGUGACCACGAUGAAUUCAGAUGCGCUUCUUUACCUCCUUUAAUGGAUCGUUUUCAAAACACUCGACCAGUUCCUGAUCAAUAUGUGUUACUACCUGCUUACCCUGGUGCUAUUUCUUGCUUAUCUUCUUUAAGUGAAUUAAUAUGUACUACUCGUCAAUCAAAAAGAAAAUUAUUUGAUUUAUUAAGUGAAAUAUCAACAAGAAUUAAUAAAAUAUCAGUAAUGAUGGAUUAUUCUUCAAGUAAUUGGCACGGUACAAGGUCGAGAAAAGAUGAUUCUGAUCUUGAAGAUGAAGCUAAAAGUUUGGCUACUCUAAUUCGUGUUCAACAAUCUUUACAACAUUUUGAAAUUUAUUGUUGUGAAAAUGGAUCAAAUAUAAUUAUGAUGGCUUUAAAAUCUCAAUCAAAUAAUUUAAAAUCAUUAUGUUUUAAUGAUGUUAGAUUUUGGGGUUGGGAUCCAUUGGAUUUUAUCUCGGAAUGUCAAUCAUUAAACAAAUUAAUUUUUAAAUCUUGUACUGGUUUAACAAAUGAAUUAUUUGAAUCUUUAAUAGAUUCUGAAUUCCCUAAACUUUCAACAAUCGAAAUGGAAAAUACUUCAGCACCUGAUCAUAUUCUUGUAUCUUUAAUCAAACUUGGAAAUAACAAAAUUCUUAAUUUAAAUCUUGGACAAUAUAAGACUACAUUAAACAAACCAUCAAAUAUAAUUCAAACGGUGGCAAAUCAUUGUCCAAAUCUUAUCACUUUCAAGUCUUUUAUCGAAUCAGAAGAAAUUCCUCAAUUGGUUUCUUUAUUUACUCUUUGUACAAAUCUUCAAUCAGUAACGAUUAAUGGUCCUCGUUCUCCUGAAAUUGAUGUUAAUCAUUUAUUUCUUGAACUUUCAUCACAAGAACUUCCAAAUUUACGAGAUUUAGCUAUAUUAGGGUCUUGGUCUUUUCGAUCUUAUUCAUUGGAUCAAUUUUUAUCCGGUUCAAAACCUCCUUUGAAAUCUUUGAAAAUACAGAAUUCAAAAUGUUUUACUGAUUCCCAUCUUGAAGUUAUAUUAAGAAAUUUAUGUUCGGAUAUUUCUUCAAAUUCGGGUACUUUAAAAGAAUUAAGAUUACACGUCACUUCUCAUUUAAAUGAAGAAUUGGUUGAUAAAGCUAAAGAAUUUGUUAAAGAAGACGGUUUUGUUCAAGUUGAUUAUUGGGAAUCUGUUAUUAGGGUAAGAAUUAGUAGACUAUCUACUAAUAAAUUUUAUAAAAAACUUGGUUGGCAUAAUAGUAAUAGUAGUAGUAACAGUAAAUAUCGAAUAUCAUGUGAUACAUAG